CAUCAACAGCAAGGUUGUUUCUACACUCAGUCUUAAACUCCUGUUGGGGAUGAAGCAGUGAGGGAUGAAGCACUAGUGCUGACCUUGAAAACAAGACCCUUCAACGUUGUCACCCCUGCAGACCACAGCCCACCACGUCCCUCUCGUUAUCAGCAACACCAGACGUCAGCGCCAAUCUCCUCUCAGCCAUCACAUCGCUAUCAAUAUAUAUAUUCUAAACAUGCACAUUCUAACGUGCAUUAAAACGUGCACAUUAAACGUGCACAUUCUAAACAUUCACUAAGAUGUUCCUGGCGAUGAAAACUGAUAAAAAUCAGUUUUCAUCGUCAGGAAUUUUUCUGUGCACACUUCACUCUUCACUUCAUAUUUCCUCACCUUGUGUUUCGUUCUCUCCAGCUGGCCAUGGCACCCAGACUGUGUCUCCUGGUGGCGGCCGCGUGGACAGGGUGGGCCGCAGUCCAGGCAACAGAUUACUGCAAAAUAUCGCCCGAACAUACAAUGUGCAAGUAUCCUGGCAUUGGCCCUGCUUGCGGAACUCAGGUGCUGGCCAGAGAAGUGAGUUCGGAAGAGGCCGACUUCAUCGUGGAGCUGCACAAUAAACUCAGGUCGAAGGUGGCCCGCGGAGAAGAAACAAGAGGAGCGCCCGGACCGCAGCCUUCCGGCGCCAACAUACGAGCCCUGGCGUGGGACGAGGAGCUGGCCACCGUGGCACAGCGGCACGCCGACCAGUGCAUCUUCGAGCAUGACUGCAAUGACUGUCGCAGCGUGGACAGGUUUAACGUGGGCCAGAACAUCUACAUCCUUAAAUCAUGGGGUUUGCUCCAAGAAAAGCCUGAUUGGAACGGAGCCGUCAUUAGUUUUUACGACGAAGUUGAUAAGUUCCCUGGAAGUGGCGUAGGAUCUUAUCAGUUUAGUACGGACACAGGCCACUAUACGCAGCUAUUGUGGGGCACCACAUCUCUCGUCGGCUGCGGCUACACAAAAUUCAAGGUUGGCAAUGUUAUCAAAGCAUUGUACGUCUGUAACUACGGACCAAUAGGUAACAUAAUGAGCUUCCCGAUGUAUCGUGAAGGAGACCCGUGCUCUGCUUGUCCCGAAGGCACCACCUGCUCCCAGGAGUAUGAGGGGCUUUGUGAAGGGAAUGUUGUGGUCGAAUCCACUUGGAGCGACCUGCAGCCUUCAGUUACCGCAGGUUUCUUUAGAAACUCCAACAACAACCCGCAAAAAACCGUGACGCUGCACUCGGAAGGUUUUACCAUGGUGUAUGAGUAUCCGAGAAGCCUGGUUACAGCACCAAUAAGCGAGCCUACUUCAGCACCCACACCAACAACGCCACCGCCUGCUACUGAAAAUAAUGGUGCUGCUGAUGCUGAUGCUGAAUGACGGAACUGCUUCAUCUAAAACCUGGAGAGGUCUCCAUUGGAUGGAUGGGGCGAAUGUGACCAGAAUGUGGCCGCGACUGCCCUACAGCCUGAGUGUUUCGAUGACCCUUGAUGUGCCUGGGUGUAUUCUUUCCUGUGAUGUCACGAACCACCAAAAUUGUGUUGCUCCAGACUUGGAAACUUUCUUUUUGAAAACUGUCGGCCACACCAGCACGGCACAGCAUCACUGCUAGCAAGGGACACCACCACCACGUCUACUAACAAAAGAUAUAUUACACGAAAUUGAAAUAAUCAACUCAUUACUCUAAAAACAGGGAAAUAUGAAAGUGUUGAAUAUACCAUAA